AAAAUCAAUAUUUAUAUCGAGCAAUAACCAAAAUGAAAAGAAAAAAAACACAAAAAUAAGAAAAAUAUUGAAGAUAGAUAAGAUUAGCACGUGAACGUAAACUUCUCAUAACCAUAAUGAAUUUUUAAAUUGCAAAAUCAUGAUAUAAAAUCGAGCUAACAUAGUUUCAUUAUAACCAAUAACAUGCCCGACCCAGAGGGUAGGCUACAUAAGCAGAUGUUUAGGACCUCUGGGCCAUAUUUCACAAUUUUAUUUAAGAGUUUUUAUUAUUUGUAUAUUUGCAAUAUUAGCUUAGGGUCCAGAAGAAUUUUUUUAUUGUUUGGAUCGGUCCUGGGCUAAAUAGUAGGCCUGAGAUUUUUCAGCCUAAACAUUAGAUUCUUAUCCGAUAUAUGAAAAAAUUAUGUAAUUAACAAAAAUAUUUUUAAAAAUUUGUUUAAGGACCAAAAAUAUUAAUUUGAUAAAGAAUAUAAAUUUUUCAUACGAUAUUUUUUAAAUAAUUUUUAUAUAAAUUCACCAUGCACAAGAUAUGUGUCUUUUCCUAGUAAUUUAGUAUAUGUUAUGUUUAGAUAGGUAAGAUAAUCAGUGAUAUCAUACUCUAGCCGUUAAACAUAUUUUUAUAGUGACUUUAAAAAUCAUUUUAAUAAUGACAUAUUAUUAUAGUUCACAUGUUACAAUGUUUCACAAUUAAUAUAUAGUAAGAGAUUGUAUUUCAGACUUAAAAGCUCAGGAUCAUGUAUAUAAUAUCCCUAGAAAUGGUCAAGGCAUAAUUUAUUAAAUUUUCAUCGAUGCGUUACCCAAAAAAAAAAGAAGAUUUUGUUUGACAACAUUACGCCUAAAUAAGAAGAAAAUCAUAGUCAAAGUUGUGAAUGCAUGCAUGACCUCGUAAACAAGGUUCUAUAAAUUGGAACAUUCUCUAUCUUACACAUAUGUCUCAGCCGCAAAGCUAGAAAAAACAAACACAAACACACACAUCAAUCAAACACAACGAUGAAUAGGCUCUCAUGCUUUUUGCUUACCAUUGCAUUGAUCGUUGGCUCUAGUAACGCAAUCUGGGAAAAAAACAGUGUCCACUUCAAAAGUUCUCUUCGUCCGGGCAAUACUCUCAAGAUUCAUUGUACAUCGAACGAUGACGACUUGGGUGUUCAUUUGUUGAGCCCUGGACAGACCUACGAUUUUAGUUUUCAUGAUAGUAUUUUGAAGACCUAUUUCGAUUGUACCUUAAACCAGGGUCCUAAUUUCGCGUUUCAUGUAAGUUUUACAGCUUAUAAAAGUGGUGGUGGCCUGAUUCGUUAUGGUAAGACCAAUUUUUGGGAUGCUAGAGAAGAUGGCAUGUACUUCACACACGGUCAGGAAGCUCCCAAGUUAGAGUAUAAGUGGACACAUGUUUAAGUAGAAUUUUAACAUCAAUUUUGUUGUAACAUGUAAACCUUUUGGAAUAAUAAAUACUAAGUGGGUGCCCGUAAAUUUGCGGGUACAAAUCA